AUUCCAGCGACAUCGUGAUAAGAGAACACACACGUUGCAGCCAGCUCCAGUGGGGUCUUGUCGCUGGGCAUACUGUAGUGGACUGUAUCAGAGGAUAAGCAGCCGCCCUUGGGAACGUGACCGAGAUGACUACCACCACAUGACCAGCUCUCCAACCCACAGAUACGUGUGGACGUGCGCGCAAAGACUACAGGUUUCAGAGUCGGCAGUCAGCCGUGGACUACAUUUCUAUAUCAAAUUGAUGUGACCGCUUAAUGUGUAAAGGCCAACGACUCCCGGCAGGAUCGUGUUCGGCAGUGACCUCGAGUGGAGACUGGGACGAUUAUUACUCUCGCACGGCACUACAUCGUCCGACCUCUGCAACAUCCACAAAUCAAAUAUGGCGGCCAGACACUCGCUCGCGGUAGUGCCAGGCCAUGGCCUUGGGUUCAUGGCACUCGGAGGGUCCCUACAAGACAUCCUCUCCAGGAUCAAAGAGGAUAAGCUUCAUUUUCCCAAGAUUGACCUUUCCUUCUCCCAAUCCGAGCCGGUCUCUGCUCCGGUCAUCAUCGCAUUGCCAGAGAACGGCAUUCGCCUGCGCUUCGACGGAGCCGAGCAACGUCUACGCCUCAUCGAAGUGCUCGACUUCCAACGCGUCUCUCUCACAUACAAAGGCAAUGAAUUAGCCAAGGAUGGAGUUACGGUCCCGUACAAGCGCAUCUACCAAUUGUUCGGUGCAUCUUAUCCGGGAGAGUAUAUGCCUCCAGAAUCUGGCAAGGUCGGCACUUACGUGGUUUCAUACCCGGGCAUCGCCUUUACGUUUCCGCUACAGCAUGUCGCCUUUGGUGCAGAAAAGGACCAUGUUCAAUUGCUGGGCUCAAACGCUGCAUCAUCUGCGACGUUCAUGGCCAUCUUCGAAGGUCCGAGUUGGCCAGAAGCCCGAGAUCAGCUGUUCGUCAACGUGCCGUCGGGACCAAGGACUCCUGCCAUCUCCAGCCAACCCAAGGACAGCCUCGCACCUGAGCUCGAGAUGGCAUACACGGAUGGAUCCGGAAACAUUGCUCUCCUACGAAGAGCCCCUGCGCCGCCUUUCGACAUUAUCCUAGGACAGACUACACCUCAGGAUCUCGUCACAGAACUCGGUCCUCCUGACGCGACGCACAGAAGAAAUGCGCAGACCAUCAUCGAACCUUUUGUGGACUCUCGCCCGCGCAGCAAGUCACGCACACUGUCGUCGACAAACGGCCGUCAUCGGCCCACACCACCAUCCAGCUAUUCAUCCACAGGCACAGAUACCUUUGACACAGAUUUCGAUUCCGGUGAUGCAGAUGACGAUCCGGCCGAACGGAGCAGCCGCGAGACAUACUGGUGUUACUUCCACCACGGAAUCGACAUCCUCGUCGGCCCCCCCAGCAACGAGACCACAACCGCGACAAUAGGCGACGACACCAACAAUACCAACAGUGGUGCCUUACCCAUCACCCCCCUCAUCACCAGCCCACAUCUCGUCGUCCGCAAACUCAUCAUCCACGGAAACGUCCCCGGCAGCUACGUCUUCAACCGGCACCGCCGCCUCCGCUGGACGAUCGCCCUCCCCUCAUCAUCCCCAUCCCCGAACAGCCACAACGACCUUCCCACCUCCCCAAUCCUGACCUCCGAAUCCCCCUUCGAAACAGCCCUCCAACCCGCCCUGCUCGCCGCCUACUCCCACAUCCGCCCGGCAUCGGAGAUGCAACGCGGCAAAGUCGUCAACCGGACCUGGGGCGACGACGGGCCGAGCGGAGGGAGGACCGGCGGGGGUCCCGGCGGCGCAGAUGGCGGUGGGGGCGGCGAUGUCGGCGACAGCACCUUCUUCCUGCCCGAUGCCGACCGGGACCUGGUCGAGGGCUCCGGGAGCGAGCAGUGGUUGGGUAAUACGAAACUUUAUGCUUUCCCGGGUUUUACGCUUGAGGUCCUGGGGAGCGGGGCCGUGGGCGCUUUGACGAUCUCGUGAGGAGAGGGAGAGAGAGAGCGAUUUGUGUUUUGUGGGAAG